UUCGGGGUUACAGUUCUUUUAUUGUCGGCGAAAAGAAAAAUAUAAGAAAAAGAAAAUUCGUUUUGAGAUGAAGAAUUAAUAUUAGAUUGAAUGAUUGUGAGAUGUAUCGGGUUUAGUACAACUGCUUACAUUUUUUUACAAAGCGAUAGGAUUGUGGGAAAAAGCUGAGAGAAUAAACUUAAAUAAUUUCACGGAACUUGAGAAGCUUUCUUAUCCUUCACAGCCAGUGUGAUGUCUUGCACUGACCUUGUUGACAGGUUCAUGCCUUGAAGGACAUUCGG